CAAGAGGGUUUAAUUCCACUGCCACUGAUUAAUUUCCACGUACGGUCUUGGGAGAUAAGCAAACCAGGAACCGGAGGCAGGUGCUGUUUCGCUGCUGCAGACCUGACCAGUCUGAGUGGAGGGAGGCCGGACAAUGAGCAGAACGGCGAAGACCUACGGCCCAGAACCAUCGCUGUAGGACCUUCAUAGGACUCCACCAUGCUGCUGUGGGCUUCAACACCUUGAGUUCCUCUGACAACGACAACACUCGCUUUAAGGGUUCUUUAACAGCCACCGAAGUCCAGGCCCUGCACGGGGCCAGAGAGAGGGAGGGACACCAUGAUUGACUUGAGCUACCUGACGGAGGAGGAGCAGGAGAUGAUCAUGACUGUUCUGCAGAGGGAUGCCAAGCUGAAGAAGGCAGAGGGAGAUAGAGUCAAGCAACUGCAGAGGUUGCCCAAGGCCAGGGGGAAGAUCAAGUACAUGACGGGGGAGUGGUUCUACGAGGCGAAGUCGCAGAGGCACAUGGACCGUAUCCACGGCUCGGACAUCAUCAGGGCAUCCAUGAAGCAGAAGAACCCGAUGUCCCUGUUCAACUUCACCCAGUCAUGGAAAGCCAGGACCAGAGCGGUCAGUAAUGGGAAUCAAGAGAUUCUAUCCACCCCAGAACCUUUGCAACUAUCCGAAGAGCCACCAAUGCAACCAGAGGAGGAGAGGGAGAGUGACAGUGCCUCCCCUGAUCCACAGCAGGAGACACCCAGACCAGGCGUACGCUCACUAUCCAAGAGACACAACCCGUUCAACAGGGCCUCGCUGCUGCUGUCAGAGAACCCCGGGGAGACGGACCGCCAGCGAACCAACGGAGCCCUGGGGCCACACGAGACCACUGCGGGGGAGUCAUUAUCACCACUCAAGAGUGACGUAGCUGGUCUCACUGAUGAUCUCAGCUCAGAGGGUCACGGUGCAUUUCAAGAAAUAGAUACUAAACCUGCGCCCAUUCCAAAAAAGAGAACAAUCCUUUUCAGACCCCUAGACCAUCUCCAUGACAAUGACAGCCCUUUCCGGAGGUGGGGGGACCGGAGGAGUUCACGCAACAGAUUGGUCACACCCCAAGGAAUACUCAAAGAUAACACCAGCUGGAGCUCCACGGAUUCCGGGCUGCCCUACGAAGGUGCAGGCAGGCGCCUGGAGCUGUCAGGUGACCACCUGUCCUGGUCAUCUGCCGUUGCUCCGGAGGGAGAGCCCCCAGAGGAGGGGGCAGAGGACAAGGGUUUGUCCUCGCCGUUUAUUGAACAAGAGAAGUUCAGACUAAAGGAUACCGCCAAGGGGCCGGAGCUAGAGGACGGUCGAGAGUUUGGGAACCGAGACCUGCUCGAUCUGGACCACCCGAUGCCGUUAGAUGAGGAAAGAAGGGAGGUGGAGCCAGCCACUGGUCGCAAGAAGGAUGAUAGCAGCAAGGAUCUCAGCCUUGCGCUGUGCAUGACUGGCUGUGAUCAGCCAUCGGAGGAAGAGGGUUGCUCCUCGGAUGUGUCCGCAACACUCAAGGACUGCCCACGUCCUUUGCCUUUGUCCAGUGAGUCAAAGUUUGGCUGGAUGGCCCACACAAAGUUUCCCCCCUACUUGCGCAUGCCACCUCCGGUCUCUGAGCCUGACCUGAACAGGUCGACAGGUGGCAUGGCAGAGGAGGGCACAGGUGAGGAGAGGGCUGAGGGAGAGGUGGCGGCCAUGAGACGGGAAGAAGUAUGUGUCCGUAGCCCUGUCGGUAAAUAUGAGACUCAGGCUGACUCAACCCCCCCCCAGGUGUCCUACCUCCCAUCCCCCAAGGAUGAGAAAGGUAAGCCCGUUUAUGGUGGGAUCGGGAGCCUCAAGUCCCCUCCCGUACUGGAGGUACAAAGCCCAGAGUUCAUUGAGGAUGACUCCAUCGCCAAGGUCCUGGAGUGGUUCAGCAGGAGCAUUGACGGUAUUGACCAUCAAGAAGAGGACGUCCAUCAACAAGGAGCGGAUAUAGAUUAUGCGGGGCCCAAGGAUGAAUUCACCUCAACCAACCAGAUGACAGAGUACACUUUGGUUUCUGGUGGGUCUCCAACUGCCGAGAUGCAGGUGUCACAUCCAAGGAGGGCGCAACUGGAAAGAAGUGCAAGGGUAGAAGGAAUGGACAUUGUCUGUGUAGAAGACACUAAUAAGACUCAGUCCCCCAUUGAACAAGAAGAAACAUGCCCCGAAUCUGCAGAAGAGGACCCCAUUAUUCUGCAACACUCCUCCCUCAACAUACAUUCAGCCUAUCAGCGAAAUUUGCGAAUGUCCACUGUCGACACAAAACCCCAGAGCCAAAAGAAAGAAAACUUUAUAGAUACAAAAGAGGAGCAUGACGGGGAAGCCAAAGCCAUCUUGCUCAGUCCGGUCACCAAGGCAACGCAGCAAGAGGUUGAACAGAGUGUGGCAAGAAAUGACAGGCUGCCUCAAAGAGUUGCCAACAUGAAGUCAUUCUGGGAGAAAGGCAACAGCGGCCCUAAAAUACUGACCAGCAGGCCCAGUAUAACAGCCAAACAGAAGGAGCCUGUCAGUGAAACUGACAGAACAAAGACUGAAUCUGAAGUAGGCAAGGUAGGGCAGGACAUCCUACCAAGGCCAGAAGAAACAUGCUUAGAUACAGAAGCUGAGAAGGAGGCUUAUGGAACAUGUCUUUCUCAUUCUCAUAGCCAUGAUCUUGCUCAAUGCAUUCACAAUACAGGUAAUUCUUUAGAUAUGGAAGAUAUUGUUAUUGAACCAAGUGUGCUGUCAGUUCUUCCUAUAGCACAUGAGUACCCACUCGAAAGAGCAGGGAAUCACCAUAGAGAACCAGAACUUGUUCUUGCUCCUGUAUGUGCCGAUAAACCUCAGGCUCUUGAGAGCAGCCACCUCGUCAAGAGUUUAGAUGAAGAGGAGAAGUACAUUGCUAAAUGCAUUGUCAUUGAUGAAGAUAUGGAGAUUCCUAUUUCCUCAGUGGAAGAGAAAACUGAUUUGCAUAUGUUCCCCCAAAAAGAGGAGGUGCCUCAUGGGGUGACUCCACUGUCUAGUCAAGUUUCACCUUUAGUCAAGCAGUCCUCUCCUGCCCCCACUGUCAAACAGACGCCAAAUCAGCUUGAGAACAGUGCAGAUAAGAUCAGGCACCUCAAACAUUUCUGGGAAAGCGAGAAACGUAGCCCAAAAAUCAUAACUGGCGAGACACCGAACAACCAGCCGAAACAAGAGAUAUCAGGCACAACAGAGAGCCAAUUACCUGCUUCUCCUGCGUGUACAAACAACAAUUCUACCAAAUCAGAAUUUGACCUUGGGAUGCUAGCCACUGAAAAUAAUUCCAGUGCUUCCCUACUCAAGGAAGGUCCUAAUUUUACUGUCAUCUCAAUGAAGCAGAGGAUGGAAAAGGCAUCGAUGGGCCAAAGCACUAGCAACUUUAAAAACCUCUGUCAUUUCUGGGAUGGGACACCUUCCACUGAAAGAACAACACUCAGUCCAAAAAGCCCCCAAUUGAAAGGUCAAGAGCCAAGACUGAAUGCCCUAGAGAAGAGCCUAUCGCCAACAGGCAAUAAAACGCCAUACCUCAACCCAAAUUACUACCCCAAGUUACCAUCCAAGGAUCUGGAAGUAUCCAACUUUAGAGUGCAGAGGUCUGAGAAGUAUAAUCUGAAAACAUAUUCCAUUGAUAUCUCAUCUCCCAAGAGUGAAGAGAAGAAACCAUUCUCUCCAACCCCUCUUCCCAGACAAGCGUCAGGAUCAUCGGACGAGAUUGACAUGACUAGAUCUUCGGAGAUCGGACCCUCUACGGAAAUAAACCUGUCACAGCAGAGGCCAGCAGGGCAGGAGCAGCAGAAUCCCCCCCCUGCCUCUGACCAGGCUCCACUCGUCACGGAUAGAGCCUCCAUGACCCAGAGGGACCCCGAGCCGCCCAGGACACCCAGCUUGGGACAGACCAGUGGGACGGUGAAUCUCAGUGAAGAGCAGCAGGACGUUUCAUCCGAACAGCUCAGGAACAGACAGGAGGAGCUGCCCGGCGAAAGCCACAGAGAGACCCCAGAGGGAACGCCAUCAGGGCCGCCGAAUGUUGUUGGGCGGCCAAAGCCCCUCGCCAGGUCCAUCGUACCCUAUGACUACCAUCACUACCUCGGCAUUCCAGAGGGGGGAACGUUCCAGAGCAUGCCGGCUACAAAGAAAGAGGAGGAGGAGGUCAGUGCCUGCUUCCGACCAGAGCUGGAGCUGAGCGAGGGGAGCGGACCUGUCCGAUCCAGCACCCCAGUGGUCCCAGAGGAGCCCCAGGCCAGGAGGGGGAGUGAUGGGCAGUACCCCUGGCAUUCCCACUAUGGCACAGAUGAUGUAGACCGUGACUCCUGCAGAAGCAGCAACUGUGAAACCUGGUCUUACUCUGGGACAAGCUCAGUUUGUGAUGAAGACGUAAAAUCUGUGAGGAAGGCCUUGGAAAGAGCUAAACACAGGCCUGUGUCCUCCUGCAAAAGUGUGGAGGACAUUAGUUUGUUGGCAACAAGAGAGGAAGAAGACAGGAGUAAAAAUACGAGCAGAACUGAAUUAAUGCUCAGUAUGGACGAUGCCUCUGUGAUUCCUCCAUCUCCCCCGUCAUUCACCUCUGACCCCGCCCAGAUGAAGAACAUGAGCAAGUCUGUGCCUUCCUUCCUGCUGAAAGAGAGCAACGGGAGGGACAGCGACUCCACCUCUGAGAGCAGUGUCCACACGGGCAGGCAGACCAAGAUGGGCAGCUCUCUCACUAACCUUAGCAGCUGCUCCGGCAUGUCCUCUGUCAGUGGCAGUGCCAUGAGUAUCUACAGUGGAGACUUUGGCCACGUGGAGGUGCGAGGCACCAUCCUGUUCUCCAUGAACUACAUGCAGAAGCUGAAGGAGCUCCACGUCUUCGUUGUGCAGUGCAGAGACCUCGCGGCCGUAGACACUGAGAAGAACCGCUCCAACCCAUAUGUGAAGAGCUACCUCUUACCAGGCCAAGCACAGUAUGGUAAGAGGAAGACCUCAGUGAAGAAGAAGACUCUGAACCCAAAUUUCAAUGAGAUUCUCCGGUAUAGAGUACGCUUGGAGACCCUUAAAACUCAGAUGCUCAACCUCUCUGUGUGGCACAAUGACACCUUUGGGCGUAACAGUUUCCUGGGCGAGGUAGAGGUAGAUUUAUCCAAAUGGGACUUUGGAAACGCCAAGAUGAACAACCUAACCCUGAAACCAAGGGUGCAAUCUGGCUUCCAGGCCUCGGACUUCAGAGGGGAGAUGCGGCUGGCUCUCCGUUUCCUGCCAGAGAUGUCAUACAGUAACAAAUCAAAAACAGGCGAAGUCCACAUCUGGGUGAAAGACUGUAAGGACCUCCCUAUUACCCGGGGCACGUCUGUUAACCCUUUUGUUCGGUGCUUUGUGCUUCCGGACACUAGCAGAAAGAGCCGGCAGAAAACACGGAUCCUGAAAAAGACGCAGAACCCAGCGUUUAACCACACCAUGGUCUACGACGGCUUCAAAGCGGAAGACCUGCCGGAGGCCUGUGUGGAGCUCACAGUCUGGGACUACGACCACAUCGCCAGCCACCUGGUGGGCGGACUGAGAUUGGGCCUGGGAACAGGUAAAAGUUAUGGAGAAGUGGUGGGCUGGAUGGACUCCAAUGCAGAUGAGGCAAAUUUAUGGGAAAGGAUGAUGGACUCUCCAAACGAAUGGGUGGAUGAUGUGCUGCCUUUAAGGAUGAUGACGAUAGCAAAAAAUUUGUGGAAAUGAGAGAAUGGUUAUAUGGUUUUGAGAUCAAGAUGUCUGACCAAAUAAGUUACUUAAAGGUGUAUUUUAAAGUGUUUAUGUUUAGAAAUCAAACCACAGAGAAAUCCCAUGUAACAUAUAGCCCAAAACCAUUUGAUUUUUAAGCAAGAUAACAGAUUUUAUACUAUUCGUGUUUAGCAGCAUUUUGGGUUUUUUUUUUAACUGGACUGGUGAAGAAUCUUUUUAAUUCUAAGAUGCUUAUUACUCAAUGUUAUUAACACAAGUCUAU